AUGAACCAGUAUAACAGAGAUAUACAAAGAGGAAAAUGUAUGGUUUGCAAAAGGAUAUGUGAGUUUUAAAACGGGGAUGAAUUUGGAUUUGAAAACACACAUAGGUUUCGAACGUUUGAAUUUUUGAUUGUCAGAAUUCAAGGCAAAUAAUUUUUGACACAUGAAAAUUUGUGACUUCUGAAAAAUCAAAUAUUUCAGUUGCACUCUAAUUGAGAAUAGAAACUGGAUGAAAUUUGAUCAGAAGAAUUCAAAUAAUUAUUAUUUCAGGUAAUAUGCGAUUUGUGCCGGUUUUCUUACCCUGCCACCACUAUUAUUGUCGUUUAUGUUAUCAUGACAAUACCAUCAAGUAAUUUUACAAAAAAUAUUUUUUAUUUAAAUAUUGAAUUUUUCAGCAAUACACUUUGCGGUAUUUGUUCUCCGGACACAUUCCACGAUAACAUAGCAGCCUAUGAAGGAAAACAUAUUGUCAAACAGAUUUUGUAUGAACAAGAAGUUAUGGAGAAUGUUAGACAAUAUGUUGAAUCAUUACCGGAACCAAUUAAAAACCUAGAUGAUGAAUUUAUGGUAAUAGUCCACGAGGCUAAAAAAGCGGAAGCCAAGACACCAGAAAAGGAGCCAGAACCAGUUAAAAUCAACGAAUUGACAAAAGAUGACAAAAAGAUGGCAGAACAACUCGCUAAACGUUUGAUGAAGAUUGUCAAUUCGAAAAACAGUAAAGCCACGAAGUCUUCUGAACUCAACAUUGUUAGUUUUAGCUAUUUUAAUUUCGAGAGGUUUGAGAAAAAUCUAAAAAUUCUAAUCGGAUGUUGCAAUAUUGCAAUAACAUCCAAAACCUUAUUUUAAUUUUUUUUUAAUUCAAGAAUUUCUGAAUAGAAAUUAUUUUGAACAUAAUUUUUUUGCAAAUAAGUUUAUUUGCAGAAUCGAAUCUUGAAUUAUUUGUCAUUGGACACGGAAUUAGAUCCAUCGGAAUUAUAUUGUGAGGAAGAAGAGAAAGAGAAAGUAGAAGUAGAAGUAAUCGAUUCGGAAAAACUCGAAACAUCAGAUAAUGAAAGCUGGGAUAUUGGAAAAUCAAUAAUCACAAAAGCAGCAACAGAUGAAAAUUUUCGGAUUUUGUAUGUUAAUAAUAAAAAAUGGAAAAUCCACCUAAAGCCAGAUGAUGUUCCGGAAAAUGAAGAGAAAGAGGAAAAAGAAGAAUACGACAAUGUUAAUGGAAGUGAGAAAGAUUAUUCUGGUGAUACAGUUAUCAAUAUGUUUGAGCUAAAAUCGAUCGAAAAAAAUAAGACGAUUUCGGAAAAGAAGACCGAAAAACCAGCAAAUUUGAAGAAGAAUGAAAGAGGUUUUUUCCUUGACUUAUUAUUCUAAUUUAUCAAGUGAUUGUUUUUUCAGAAGUUCAAUAUAUUUCAACAUAUAAUCCAAUUGUUGGAGUUCCAAUCUCAGAACAGCAAAAAGAACAAUGGAAAAAAGAGUUGUACUCUGACGAUGAACCACAACCACAAGUUUGUUAUUCUUUAAUAUAUAUUUGUUUGUAUUCAAAAAUGAAAUUUCAGAAAGAGUUGGAAAAUCAAAUUCAGUCAGUAUUCCGAUGCAUGAAGAAUGUUUACAUCAAAUAUGAAGAAAUAAUGGAAGAAACCGAACGAUUGAAGAUUGUUAGUCUUGUUGUUCAUAGAUUGACAAUCAGUGAAAAAUGCAAAAAGGCAGCAAUCAAAACAUUUGAACAAUAUUACACGGUUGUUAUUCCAAAUAUCGAAAACAGUGACGGUUUGGCUGAUCAAAUAUUCUGUAAGUACAAGAUUCAACUCGAGUUUUAA